GUAAGCUUUGAUAAUUGGUACAGGUCUCACAUUUAUCCUAAAAGUCCCGCGUUUCAUGCACAGUUUUUUUAUUUUUCGUUAAACAUCACGGAAAUUUUGUGUAUUUGCUGUCAUGGAUGGAGACAUGCAUUAUCCUGAAAAGGAAAAGGAGACUAACCUAAUCCAUGUAUUCUUUUAUGCAUAUCAGCAUGUGAAGUUAUUUUUUUCUUGGUGUUGUAUGAAUCUAAAUCUUCUUCAGGUUUCAAGUACUAGAUUCAUGGUUAUGAGAACAUGCAUUUUUUUUGGGUAUUUCUGAAACAUUCAUAAUUGGUUGGCAAUCUAACUUUGUUUUUCUUCUUCGUUCUCCAUCCCAAGACUUUGAUUUGAUAAUAUCAGAAAUGGGUGAAGGUGAUCUGAAAGGAAUGUUUCAAGUUCCAGGUUAUGUUGAGAAGAAGGAUAAGCACGAUCAGGAACAUGGAGAUCAUCAUUUGUUGAACAUGGAAGAUGAUGGUGAUGAUGAUGAUGUAACUACAACUUCUGAAUCAUCCCUGGGGGAACAUUCAAGAACUUCUCAGGGAUCAGUAACUUCUUCAUCAGACUUCGUAGAUGAUGCAUCUUCAUCAACCUCAAAUUCUUCUUCCACCAAUUGCCUUAACGGACCUUUAUAUGAAUUGUCAGAGCUCAUGGCCCAACUUCCCAUCAAGAGAGGACUUUCCAAGUAUUUCCAUGGCAAGUCUGAGUCUUUUACAUCCCUUUCAAGUGUAAAAAGCAUAGAGGAACUUGCAAAGAAAGAAAGUCCUUACAGAAAGAAAAUGAAAGCAUGUAAAAGCUAUGGGGGUGGGUUGGAUAGCCACAAAUUGUACACUCUUCCAAGAGCCACCAUCUCAAAGAAAUUCUCGAGAAAUUCUGUCAUCCUUAUCUUUUCCAGGCAGGAGUUCAGGUAGUUUAUCGAGAAGCAGGUUCCUUUAAUUCCUGUACAAAAGAACUUUUGAUCUGUUCAUGAGGAUUAUCCGAAGUUGCAUGCAUGAUUCACCAUUCACUGCAACACGGAAAUUUAUUUUUUCCCGUUGCAGAUUUUGUAAAGAAUUUGCGCGCAUGGUUUGGUGAUGAACUGAUAAUCAAAUCUGUAGUCAAAAGUCUAUUUGACUAUUUUUUUAUGGAAAGUUAGAAGGCAUAAUUCCAAUUAGUGGACACUAAA